AAAAAAAAAGUUCGUGGACGUUCCCCGCGGCUCGGAAAUCAGCGGACCCUUGACCGGUGUGGUUGGUUAGUGGAAAAGGGGGCAAAGAGUGUAAACUUCACACCAUAAGCGAAAGCCGACAUCGAUGUUCAAUAAACAGAGACACUUCUCUGCUCUGCUGCAUACCAGCGCAUUCGGGUGAACCAGACAGACACUCGGACACCAUCAGCAGCAAGCAGCAACCUUACAAAUUUGAUUCCAGGGCGAAAUGGUGUAAGUACCAAAAGUUAAACUAGCGUGAAAAGAAGAACAUAUUCGAUUGCUAGUUUGCCUGCUGUUUGUCCAAUCAGUUGAUAUUGGUCGUCGUGGCAAGGUCAUAUUGCUUAGAGGUGCCGAUAUUACUGAGCACACCGGCGAUAUCACUAUACGAUAUCGAAACCCCUAUCAGUCAACAACAGUGCUCGCUCAGGGAUGGCAAUUCAGAAUUUCUCCCAAGUCAUUUAAGAAGAAAACAAAAAGUAGUCUUCAGCGGCCUCCAUCAAGUACCUACUUACUAACUACUGUAUGCAAGUCGCCAUCACUUGACCUACUCUCUGCUCUCAUUAUUCCCUUGGCUGCUGGUUGCCAAAUCACAACCAUUGCGUGCUAAGUUUGUUUGCAGAGAAUACUGCGGCAUCUCGACGUUAUCUGUCCAGUUCGAUCUAGAUUGUAGAGCGUAGUUUUAGGAACGCCAUGGCACUGCUUCCACCGGAUCCAGUCUACUGCCUCAAGUCUCCGGAUCUGAGUUCGUAUAACUCGUUAUGCUUCCAUACGGCGGAGCGACUACAUGCUGGUACAACCAAAGGAACGGUCCAGUUGUGGGAUAUGCAGACAAACCGAUCGUCAUAUCAGCUUUCGGUCGGGACGAGUCCCAUAAUUAACGUAGCUCACACGGACGACGCCCUGAUAACGCAGGAAAAAGAAGGCUACGUUAAGCUAUGGGAGUUAACCAACUCGGCGUACGUCCUCCGUCAUGAGGUCUGCACAGACCACGUAGGAUUCUGCCGUUUUCUCUACCACGGGUCCCCCCAACGGGACCAAGCCAAUGCUCCGUCUGUGAUAAUCCCGAAAUCGGGAUCCAACAUUUCCAUCCUAUGCGGUCGGACUUUCACCGAGCGGCAGCUACUGUCCGUGACCGGUUCCGGUGCGAUUCAAUCCAAACUUCCUCCGCUGGGCACGGUGAUGUGUUUCCUCCCGGUGGAACUGAAAUCAACGACCUACCUCUUGGCCGGCUACGAAUCCGGUGUACUAAUACUGUGGGACCUGAACACAUCGAAGCCCCUGAGCCAGGUGCAACUAGGUGCUAGCGACGAAUGCCUGAUGGCACUAGACUACGAUCCCGUGACGAAUCGAGGCGUUUGCGGCGGUUCUUCGGAUCGAAUUAUAAUCUUUUCCAUUGAUCGCCAAUCGAUGGGUAUCUGUAAGAAGUCUGAAAUUUGUAUAAAAAAUAAGGGUGUUCAUCGGCUGCGGAUCCGAAAGGACUUGAAGGUGUUCGCCAGCGGUGGUUGGGAUGGUCGUAUACGAGUGUUUUCCUGGAAAAGCCUGCGCCCGUUAGCCGUUUUGACCGAGCACAAAGGCGAACUGAUGGACAUAGUCUAUUCGGACGAAAAGGUUUACAUGUGGAAGGCUGUCAUCAUGGCUGCGGCCGGCUCAGAUGGACAGAUCUCGCUGUGGGAUUUGUACAACUGAGCGACAGUGAAAAAAUUGCCAACUUUCAGUACUUGUUCUUUUUUUAUAUUCUAAAGAUUGUUAGAUUUAAUUGUUCCGUCAUUACUUAUCUCCUUGGAGACAAUAGCUGCUUCACAGUGAAACUGUUUGUGCGCGCGGCCACAAUAACUAAAUUAUCUGUUGGUUAAGUUAGAUGGCUAAGUAGGAAUCCUAUUUGCUUAGUGUGUUAGGAAACAACUUAAAAUCUUAAAAGCGUUCAUACUACCCUGUUGCUUACGAA